AUAUAACUACAUUUUUAUCAUUUUCAUUACGCUCAGCAAUAAGCACGACCAGAAAACCCUAAUUUGAGCUCUUCGAUCAAAGAAUGAGAACUAAAAAACGAAGCACCAGGCCCCCCUUCUCGAAAUCGUCUCGCGGAUCAUUCUCUUCUACUACCACUAGGCGACUUCCUUCACCUAUUCCGUACAUCUCUGUGAAGGACUCAAAUGCAGAAGAUAGUACGGACUUGAUGGAACUCGAACAAACAAGCGAGGGCGAUGGUGAUGUUCAGGGUGAUAGACGAGAAAGUAAUGUGUGUAAAGAAAAGCAGGAUGGUUUAAAUAUUAUGGAUUUAGAUUUGUCGGAGGAGAAGACUUGCAUAAAAUGUAAUGUAGGUGGGGAAUUGCUGCUUUGUUGUGGAAUUGGUUGUCCAAUUGCUCUUCAUGACAAGUGUAUCCCAUUUAACCCUAGAUAUGAUGAAGAGGGAAACUUUUACUGCCCUUUUUGUUGGUAUAAACGUCAACUUGACAUGGCUGAAGAACUGAGAAAGAAGGCUUUGCUAGCGAAGAAAAAUUUGCAGGAAUUUAUGGAUUUUGAACCGGUUGAGGUUGAUCAUGCUAAAGAGAAGCAUAAUGAUGGGAAAGCAAAAGGAAAUGAUUCAAAUGUCAGACCUGUAGUGGGGGAGAGAAACCAAAAUGAACAUUUGAAGAGAAUGGAGCAAGGAAAGAAUAAUCAAGCUGGUGAUGAGCAAGAUGAGAGAAUUUUUGAGGAAGAAGAGCAAGCAGAAUCUUUAAAAUUAAAUGCUCACUGUGUUGAAGAAGAGAGUGUUGUUGAUAGUGCACUUCAUAAAUCAGCACAAGUAACAUCUGAAACUACAAAAGCAUCUGAAGGAAACCAAGUCAGGGAGGAGGAAAAAGAGCAAAUACAUCAGGGUGGACCUGAAACCAAUGUGACAUAUACUGGUGGAGAUGCGGCAUUAAAUGUGCCUGAAAUGUGUGAUUCGGAUACUGAGAUUGUCGCAGGGAGACAGAAUUGUGGCAGGAGACCAAGUGAGAGAGGAGGAGACCAAGCGAGAGAGGGGGAAAAAGAGCAAAUACAUGGCGACGCGCCUGAAACCAAUGUGACAUAUACUGGUGCAGGUGUGGCAUUAAAUAAGCCUGAAAUGGGUUAUUCAGAUACUGUUCCAAUGAAUAAUCAAAGUGCUGAUGUACCAAAGAAAUCAUCAUUUCAUCCACACACCACUUCAGCAGAUGAAGCUAUGAAACAAAAGGAGGAAGUUCCUGCUAAGAUAUCCACAAACCUGCCAUUCUCUCACGAAGGGCGUAAAAGGUUUCCAUGGAAAUCUGAGGAGGAAGAUAAGCUAAAGGAAGGACUUCAGAAAUUUUCAACCAAAAAUAAAAAUAUUCCUUGGAGGAAAAUUUUAGAGUUUGGUCGAGAUGUAUUUCAUGUAAGUCGAAGUCCUGCUGAUCUUAAAGAUAAAUGGAGGCAAAUUGUGGCCAGAGAGUCUUUAACAACUAAAGUCGGUCAUCUUGAUUCAUAGGACUAGGAAGUGGAAGGUUAAUUUUGCCUUUUGUCGUUAAUAGUGUGAAUAUAUGGGGCACCCAAGUAUGUGUGGAUACAGUCUGUGCCUUGUGAUUUUGUUGAAGCCCUUUCUCAGUUUCUCUUAGUAGGAAAGACUGUGAACGAAAGAUGGAAGUGGUAGGUUAAUUUUGCCUUUCGACAACAGUAUGAAUAUAUGUGGCCCCCAUGUACAUAUGUGGACACAAUGUGGGCCUUAUGAUUUUUGUUGAAGCCCUUUCUCUUAGAACAAAAGGGAGUAAACGGAAGGUGGCGCCAUGGUGGCAAGUUUCAUUUUCCUGUAGAUAUAAAUAGUAUGUUGAUAGUUUUGAAUCAAAUGGCAUAUGGAAUGUAAUUGAAAGUGCUUGACUUGA